CUAGUUCCCGCCCAGAGCAGGUUCCCUCCCCUCUGAGGGAGGGCGCAGGACAUGACGCGGUACCGUAACUUUGUACCUCGAACCCUGCAUUUUAGUUGACAGCCUCUUUGUCCUCUAGGGCAUGACUAAUUUAUGGUUAACUGACAGGUGUCAGAGUGGCCGCAAGGGGCGACCGCAGAUAAUUCAUACGAUAAAAUGGGCAGCGUACCUGCCCUCUGACCACACAUUUUCCUGACGCAAGAAAGGUGACAGCCGGACGUUGUGGUGCCGGCCUGUAAUCCCAGCUCCUCGGGAGGACUCCAAGUUUGGGACCAGCGGGAGUGUGACCUUGUUUCAAAAUGUGAAAAAACAAAUUUAAAAGGGCCAGGGAUGUAGUUCAGAGAUCCCCGCCUUGAAUCUGCAGUACGGACAAAAAGAAGACACGAGAAAGGACAUCUCUGGGAUAACAGGAACCCACGUUCCAGGAAGAAGACGGCUCAAAGAUGAGAGUGGUUCGAGUGGGUACCCGUAAAAGCCAGCUGGCUCGCAUACAGACGGACACUGUCGUGGCAAUGCUGAAAACCUUAUACCCUGGCCUGCAGUUUGAAAUUGUUGCUAUGUCCACCACAGGGGACAAGAUUCUUGACACUGCCCUCUCCAAGAUUGGAGAGAAGAGCCUAUUUACCAAGGAGCUGGAAUAUGCCCUAGAGAGGAAUGAAGUAGACCUGGUUGUUCACUCCCUGAAGGACCUGCCUACUGUGCUACCUCCUGGCUUCACCAUUGGAGCCAUCUGCAAGCGAGAAAGCCCCUAUGAUGCUGUUGUCUUUCACCCAAAAUUUGUGGGGAAGACUCUACAAACCUUGCCAGAGAAGAGCGUGGUGGGGACCAGCUCCCUGCGGAGAGCAGCCCAGCUACAAAGAAAGUUCCCUCAUCUGGAGUUCAAGAACAUUCGGGGGAACCUCAACACCCGACUGCGGAAGUUGGACGAACAGCAGGAGUUCAGUGCCAUCAUCCUGGCUGUUGCUGGUCUGCAGCGUCUGGGCUGGCAGAACAGAGUGGGGCAGAUCCUGUACCCUGAGGAGUGUAUGUAUGCUGUGGGCCAGGGGGCCCUGGGCGUGGAAGUCCGAGCCAAGGACCAGGACAUCUUGAAUCUAGUGGAUGUGUUGCAUGAUCCUGAUACUCUGCUUCGUUGCAUCGCUGAAAGGGCCUUCCUGAGGCAUUUGGAAGGAGGCUGCAGUGUGCCAGUGGCAGUGCACACCGUGAUGAAGGAUGGGCAACUGUACUUGACUGGAGGAGUCUGGAGUCUAGAUGGCUCAGAUAGCAUGCAGGAGACUAUGCAGGCUACCAUCCAUGUCCCUGUCCAGCAUGAAGAUGGCCCAGAGGAUGAUCCCCAGCUGGUCGGCAUCACUGCCCGGAACAUUCCACGUGGAGCCCAACUGGCUGCCGAGAACUUGGGCAUCAGCCUGGCCAAUUUGUUGCUAAGCAAAGGAGCCAAAAACAUCCUAGAUGUCGCACGGCAGCUUAAUGAUGUCCACUAACUGGUCUGUGGGGCACAGGUGCCUGGGUCACCACUUUACUGUGCCUACACCUGGCCUUUAGUGCCUUGUGCUAAAUGGGGAGUGAUUACUCCAAACUGUAGGGUCUGAGACUUCAGCACUUGCCAGCUGCCUUGCCUGCCUCCCCUCUUUAGAGGUGGGCUUCUUCUCUUAAGAGAAAAAGUGAGGUCAGUCUUUGAAUGUAACCAACUCUAAUAACCAGCUCUGAAAGAUGGUUUAUUGGUGGGGUUGGGUGGGUCAAGACAUGAAUAAACACAA